GUUGUAGUGACAGAACCAAUAGGGUAACGGCUAUUUAGUGGUUGUCCGAAAUCUAAUUCCCGUGAGACCACGGGGGGGUGCAAAGGUGCGUAUCCAUGGCAGCCGUGUUAUUGUUGUUGGUGGUGCUAACAUUAGCAAAGAAAAUCUUCUGAGGUGGCGAUAGCUAACUGCUAGCUCUACUAACGUUUAACCCCCCCCGUAUUUAAAAAUGUAAUUCACAGGCAACUGCUGGGCGACACAAGAUGCUAAUUUAAUGUAGCAAGGUCAAUCUAGCAGAGGAAGUAUUUUGAGGGAGUUAUUCAAUGCUGUUGGUGCCUUGUUGAUGUUUUAUCUAUCCGUCCAUGUAACGUUAGCUAGCUUAUUUUUAGACGUAGCCUCCUCCUGACACUAGCUGUUAGAAAACAACGUUAGCAUCAGUAGCCAAAGCCCACUCCUCCUGGUUCCCUGCACCGAGGGUGUUUAUCCAGCGGACUAGAGGAAAUGUCAGACCUCCCUCGAAACUGUUCCGAGCGAGUCCAGGACGCGGAGGCGAGAAUGAGAGACGAGGGCUUGAGCCUCUAAAACGGACACAAAGGAGAAUGAUUUCACGAUACAACAGAAGACCUGUAUCACACAAACUAGAGAUUCGUGGGUUGUCCCGAAGCAGCCUCGACCACCACCCUCUCCCAGAGGAAGCAGACGAUAACCAAACCCCUCAGCGCUACCUCCAUGACCUCCAGGAAGCUGUCUCCGCUCACAACAGCUCAGAGACGUCUGCUGCCUCAGGCCACUCUGACUGUCCCACCGUCAUCUCAGUAGACUCCAACCAGUCCUGGUCAGGUAUCCACAGCUCCACCGGCACUGGCAUCUCUACAGAGAGGAGCUCUGUUUUCUCCUGGGGCUAUGAUGAGUUCGACAAGGCAGCGUCACGGCAGGUACAACAAAUGUUUGAGGAGAUUGACAAAGAGCUGUAUGAGGGGAGAGGCAGCGGAGGAGGGAUACUCCAGGGGCUGCAGAAUGAAUGUCAGCAGUGGGCCACGCGUUUCCCGCAUCUUCGGAUCCUGGGGACUCAGUUGGUGUGUCCCAGUGAUGAGGGCUUCCAGUGGUAUGCUACUUCAGGGAAGGGCAGCCCUGCCAGCAGCCCAUCAGCAGGCAAAGAGAGCAGUGUGAAGCCCCAGGAGAAAGAUAAGGACGGCAUAGAGUUGAAUGUGCAAGGCAGAAGAGCAGCCCUGAUCAAGUCCUCCUCAGCAGAGUUGGAUGGGCCUCCUGGCACCUCCAGUGGCUCCAGCAUUCACGACAAGCCGAGAGUGAUUGAAGUGGAGGGUCUGAUGGAGGAAUACCUGGCUUUUGAUAGCAGGGACUUGGAGGAUGAGAGGGAGCAGGAUUGUUCAGAGUCGGGUCGAAGGCAUCACUGUUUGCCCCCUGUCUCGCCGUACCGCUGUCGCCGUCAAGCUGUUCUCGACCUCCUGUUUGAUGACGUGUGGCGGCAGCUGGUUGGCUGGAUGAAAGAGCUGGUGCAACGCCACUGGGAGUGCUGUACAUCAAAUGAUGAAAAGCUUUCUGGGAACCUGAGCCCCGUGCAGCAAGACUCCCAGAAUCCCUUCAUGCUGCUCUCCAUGCUGCCCACGAUGCUGCCCAAACUUGGCCAGAGCAGGAUGCCCCCGCUCACAUCUGGCCUGCAGUUCCAGAACACAAAGUCAAGGGGCUCAAAGCACAAGUCCAGACGGAAAUCCAAAAAGCAGAAAAGGCCUUCCACUGCUGGAAGGGUACCGGUAGGCACAGCAGCGACUCAGCACAACCUGAAUGACCUCAUCGUGAUCCACAGCAUCCCCCUGCAGCAGAGGAACCUGGGUGUGCUAGAUAGAAACCAGGAGCCAGAAGAGCGAGCGUGUCACAGACCAGGAUCCAGCGCUGUCCCCUCCAGCAAACCUCGACCUCGCCGAACCCUGGAGCAGAGCUCUUCCUCGCUGUCCCGCCCUGCACAGUCUGCCCGACGCAGAAACCCUCCUCCCCGAACUCUCCUGCCACUGGUUCCCAGCUUGAGCCAGUCCUGCGCAGCGGGAUCCAUGGACGAGGUCAUCCGCGGGACACGUCUACCCACAGCCAGCGACCACCUAACAUCUCCGCAGUUGCCUCUGAGUAGGAACACACUCCUUCCCCCCAUCAGCACUGGAGACCCAGAGUCAUCUCACUCAGGGCAGCAGUCCAAACCUGCACAGCGUCAGAAAGGCCCGUCCAGUCGCGCCCACAGUGCUAUAAUUGAUGAAGCUGGCAGUUCAGUACCGAGGGAUCGUCAUCACCUACUGGACGUCUUCUCUCGCCCCAACACCACUCACACAUACAGGUCGGACACUCCGUACCGUCGUUCCUUCACAGUAUUGGACAACAUCGGGCAGGGGCGGCCAGGCAGAGCGUCUGUGGGCACAGACUCUCUUGGAAUCGGUGUGACUGGCAUUAGUCUUGGCAUCAGCAGCUCAUCUUUCUUGGACUCGUUUUCCCACCACCCCUUGGGGCACUCGCGCAUCAAAGAUGAAGAGGAGCCAGACCCACAAGUCCCCGUCCCAGCUCUGCUGGUGCCUGUGUCAGUUCCACCUCGGUCUUACACUCGGGGAGGCAUUUCAUCUAGAGCCAGCAGACCUGGCUUGUAGUUUGCCUCCGAUCUUCAGACCCUUCAGCCAUUCAUCUUUAUAAAGCACAAAAAAGUGCAUCACUCUGCAGCAUCUGUGACCUCUAAACUUUUUCUUUUUCUUUUUUUUUUUUUACAGAAGUAGCAGAUUUUUUUUUCAUAUUAUGCUGCUUUGGUGAAGUUUUUGUUAGAGGCCUAUUUUUGUAUUUCAGAAAUCAGCUUAUGUGGCUGCCAAACACAAACUGUCAACAGUAACUCCAUCUUCAUAUACAGUAUGGGCUGUAUGUGUGGACAUUUCUACUAUGUAUGUAUGAUCUGAAUGUGUAUAUAUCUAUUUAUAUAUGAAUGUACUGUAUGUUAUCCUCUGGUGUGUUGUUGUACUGGUAAAUGACUAUGCAGGGAAUAACACAUCCACCCAGACAGGGAUAUAGAGGAUAAAAAGCACUUUUUUUCCCUCUCUGAUGCUACAUCGGAGAGUUUGGUACUGUAUCUUUUAUAAGGACACAACCUUCAACCGCCCUGUGUAAAAAGGAAAAAAAAAAAGAAAUCGACUCAGAGCUUCUCAUUGCAUAUCAUUGCACACAGGAACGAGAGAUGCCACCUUGCAAGUUUUUGGUUGCCUCUCCAUUAAAGCUCUGGUAAUAUAUCAGGAGCAGGGAUGUGAUGGCUGGAUAAGCACUGACAAAACAUUUCUACAGCCCAAUGUGCUUCUACUAGCACAUCUCACUAGAAUAUAGGAAUACAAGCGGCAGAACGUAUGUAAAUAACUAAGGGAUUCAUUUAUUGCGUCUGUACAAAAUACUACUUGUGGUAUUUUUUUUUUUUUCUUAUCCGAGCAAAGCCAUGUGUGGAAGCUUUGACAGGUAAAAUCAGGUUUACUGCACAAAUGGUAGUUUUCCUUUGAUUCAUGAUUAUAAUAUUAUAUCAGAUAGCCAUGCUACAAAGAUGACAAAGCUUGAAAAUCAAAGCUUUUUCUUCAGUACAUUUCCUUGAUUCUAUUUUAUGCAAAAGAAUAAAAAAGCUGUGUACAAAUGAUGUAUAUAAAUAUGAAUUUAUUCAUGUUUAUGAAGACAAGAAAUAAAAGAUGCAUUUACAUUUUAAUAAGCUUCACAUAAAACGCUACAGAGGGCCGAUAAAGGAGAGUUUUCUGAGGGGGAACGCAGAAGGGAGCAGUUAGGCAGCUGCUCAUACACGUAUUCAAAUGCUCUUGUUGAUCUAAACGUGUUUUUUUAACAAAUGAAACCUGCUAUAAUGUAUGUACAUUUUAUCUGCUAUAAACAGAGCCUCUAAGCUUUU